ACCUGCCUGACAGGUACAGCCUGCCAGCUGCUUUUAAAGGAUCCAAGAGAGAGUAUAAUGCUGACAUUAUCUUUAAUGAUAGCUUGAUAAUGAAGGGAACUGAAACGGAAAUACUACAAGCUAAUUGAAAGGAUAUGUUAACACGUGCAAGCUGUGUAGCUCUCAUCUGUAUCUGCCUCAAUGUGCGGUGAGAUUGAGAGAAACAAGACAAAGAAACACACAAGGCUUAAAAAGCUUCGGCUACUUCUUUGAAACACCGUUUUGUAUGUAAAUGGAUGUGAACAGUUACAUUACAGAACCAGAAACCCGUGUCAUGUGAGCCGUGUCUGCAUCCCUGCUCUGUCUCUUUAACCAGCAGGCUCACUGUCACCCUGGUCCCUCCCAUUCUCCCAGCCCCUCCAGUGUUGCUCGGCCUGAGAUGGGAGCGCACACAGCAGCACCAUCACGGCCGAAGAAACGGGAUAAACCUGGGAGAAAGAACAUCCAAAACACUACAAUACUUCUCACAAACCGUGGAAUAAAAAUGGGAUAACGGGAUGUUUUACUCACAGCGGAUCCUAGCAGCUUGAUCGCGUCCUGGAGAGACACUCAGAUGUGGUCGUCGCUUGUGUUUUGCGCUUUUUAUCCAUUCUCCUUCAGCGCUGCUGGUACAAAGGCGCUCAGUCUGGAGCAGCAGCAGCACCUGGGAUUACUGCCGUAUGAAUGGGCGAGAGUGAACACAUCCACUGUCAGGAACAAACACGAGACGGUAAACACAAACAGUGGCCUUUUGUUGUUGUGAAGGAUUCUUUGGUGAACAGAACUAAACGGUGCCCUCUUUGGCAUCAUUCAUCCGACCUGUGUGAACCAGGGUCGGUCACAGAAAUAAGCAGGCACAAUAUGGUGGAGCCCGUGGGUUUCAUUGAGGCGUGGAAGGCGCAAUUCCCUGAGUCUGAACCCCCAAAGAUGGAGCUGCGGUCUGUAGGAGGAAUUGAGCAUGAGCUGGAGAGGUGCAAAUCAUCCAUCAGGCGCCUGGAGCAGGAGGUGAACAAGGAGCGCUUCCGCAUGAUCUACCUGCAGACUCUCUUGGCCAAAGAGAGGAAGAGCUAUGACAAGCAGCGGUGGGGUUUCAGAAAGACCCCUUUAAAUGAGGGGAUGGACCCUGCAGCCACACAAGGAGCAGAGUGCCAAUCUCAGCAGCCCCACAUGCAAGAGACUGGUGGAGUUGGUGUGGGAGUCGUGGGUGGAGGGUAUGGUGCAGUUAGUGGGGGUGUUGUUGGGGACAGGAGCCGGUAUCAGCCUCUUGGGGAUGGAACAGGCAGGUCCAAGCCUAGACCUCCACCUGCCAGAAAGUCGGCCUCCCACGGAGACGGCUUGGAGUCGGCUUUUGAGGUACCCCCGCAGGCUGAGUCGACAUCUUGCGACAACCUUGAUGGACUCUCGCCGUCCAAGCAGAGAAGCAGCGUCAACCUGUCCCCCCGCAGGCCCAACCUUCCACCCCCAGACAAGGAGCUGCCCAUUGACCCCAAGGACAAGCUGGGGAUGGGACUUGGCGUGGCAGCUCUUCGGUCCAACUUUGAGAGGAUCAAGCGGGCCAACUCUCACUCUGGAGGUGAUGUAGCAAAAGGCCAGGAGAAGCAGCUGCCCCCACCACCACCGCCCUUCUACACUAAUAUGGAGUUUCAUCAUGAUAGGGGUCUGGUCAGGGUCAACGACCGUGACGUCUCAGACAAGAUCAGCUCUCUGGGCAGCCAGGCCAUGCAGAUGGAGCGAAAAAGAUCCCUUCAUUCCCUUCCAGGAAACCUAGCUACAGUGGCAGGGGAGCUCCGUGCCAGACCCGUGUACAGAGGUCGAUCUACUGAGAGCACCUGCGGCUAUGAUGCAGAAUAUGAAGACGGGGAACCCAACCAGCGACAUUCAGGGAGAGCCAAUGGGGGCAAACCUCCUCCUCCUCCUUGGCAGCCCUCUGAGUUCCAGGCCUACUCCAGCGUCUAUGUCGGUGGGGUGAUGAUGGGUGAAGGUGGUGGAGGAGAUGGGAGAGGUAGUGGCGGUGGAGGUGGUAGCGGAGUCACAAUGAGAGACAUUGGGGGUGGCGAUGACCACCUCCUGACCUGGCCACGCCGCUCCUACUCCCCAGGCAGCUUCGAGGAUGUUGGCGGAGGUGGCGGUUACACACCAGACUGCAGCUCCAACGAGAACCUGACGUCCAGCGAGGAGGACUUCUCCUCGGGCCAGUCCAGCCACGUCUCCCCAAGUCCCACCACCGCCUUCAGGCGGCCCUUUAGAGAGAAGAGCCGCUCGCCCUCCCAAAAUUCCCAGAACUCCCAGCACUCCUUCGACAGCAGCAGCCCUCCGACACCGCAGUCCCAGAAGCGUCACCACCGGCAGCAGGGCGGCCACGUGGUCAUGUCUGAGGCCACUAUUGUAAGCGUUCGCAAGACUGGGCAAAUCUGGCCACCUGCUGCCCACCAUGACCUCAUGCCACAUGGCAGAACAUCCCACGACAACAGUUUCCAUGGAGACCAUCUAGAUGGUCACUACACCAGUACCCCUCCCUCUUAUGGUUACGAUGCAGACCGUGCAGAGGAGCAACGGAGGCACCACGACAUCCUACCGUACAUAGAUGACUCACCAUCAUCUUCGCCGCACCUCAGCUCCAAGAGCCGUAGCAGCAGGGACACCCUCUCCUCCGGAUCGUUGGAGUCCUCUAAGUCGACUGAAUGUGACCUGGAGAAAGGGUUGGAGAUGAGGAAGUGGGUCCUGUCUGGGAUCUUAGCCACAGAGGAAACAUACCUCAGUCACCUGGAGGCACUGCUGUUGCCUAUGAAGCCUCUGAAGGCUGCAGCUACGACGUCGCAGCCUGUGCUCACCGUGGCCCAAAUAGAAACCAUCUUCUUCAAAGUGCCUGAGCUCUACGAGAUCCACAGAGAGUUUUACGACGGUCUUCUACCCCGCGUCCAGCAGUGGAGCCACCACCAGAGAGUCGGGGACCUCUUCCAGAAACUGGCCAGUCAGCUGGGAGUUUACAGAGCAUUCGUGGACAACUACGAGCUGGCUGUGGAGACGGCGGAGAAGUGCUGCCAGGCUAACACGCAGUUUGCUGAAAUCUCUGAGAACCUGAAGGUGAGGAGCCCCAAGGACUCCAAGGACCAGACGGCCAAGAACUCUCUAGAGGCGUUGCUUUAUAAACCGGUGGACAGAGUGACUCGCAGCACGUUGGUUCUCCAUGACUUACUCAAACACACGCCCACCAGCCAUCCGGACCACCCACUUCUGCAGGACGCCUUGCGGAUCUCCCAGAACUUCCUGUCCAGCAUCAACGAGGAGUCAACACCGAGGCGGCAGUCUAUGACGGUCAAGAAGGGAGAGCACCGGCAGCUCCUGAAGGACAGUUUCAUGGUGGAGUUGGUUGAAGGAGCAAGGAAGCUGCGACACGUCUUCCUCUUCAGUGAUCUGCUGCUCUGCGCCAAGCUGAAGAAACAGAUUGGAGGGAAAAACCAGCAGUAUGACAGUAAGUGGUACAUCCCUCUGACUGAGCUGACCUUCCAGAGCCCCGAGGAGGCCGAGCCUCUUACCAUCCCCCAGGUUCCUGAUGAAGAGCUCGAUGCAAUGAAGGUCAAGAUCUCACACCUCCGCAGUGAGCUCCAGAGAGAGAAGAGAGCUAACAAGGGUUCAAAGGUCAUCGACCGUCUCAGGAAGAAGCUGUCUGAGCAGGAGUCUAUGCUCCUGUUAACGUCUCCAAGCAUGCCACUCAGAGUCUAUAACAAGAACGGCAAGGGUUACAGUUUCCUGAUGUCCUCUGACUACGAGCGUGCAGAGUGGAGGGAGACAAUGAAGGAGCAGCAGAAGAAAUGUGUAAAAACGUCCUCGUUGACUUCCAUGGAGCUUCAAAUGUUGACAAGCUCCUGUCUCAAACUGCAGACUGUCCACCACAUCCCACUCAGCAUCAACAAAGAAGAGGAUGAGUCCCCCGGUCUCUGCGGGUUCCUGAAUGUAAUCGUCCACUCUGCCUCCGGCCUCAAACAGAGCUUGAAUCUCUACUGCACAUUGGAGGUGGAUUCCUUUGGCUUCUUUUCAAGUAAAGCCAAGACGAGAGUGUAUCGAUACACAACUGAACCCAAAUGGAACGAGGAGUUUGAAAUCGAGCUGGAGGGCUCUCAGACCCUGAGGCUGCUCUGCUAUGAGAAGUGUUACAACAAGACCAAGCAGAACAAAGAGGAUGGAGAGAGCACGGACCGCAUCAUGGGGAAAGGACAGCUCCCGCUGGAGCUUCAGGCUCUGGAAGGCAAAGACUGGCAGAGAACAGUUAUUCCCAUGAAUGGGAUCGAGGUCAAACUUUCCAUAAAGUACACCACCCGGGAAUUCAGCUUGAAGAGGAUGCCAUCACGGAAGCCCAUGGGUGUGUUCGGAGUCAAGAUCUCCACAGUGACCAAGCGGGAGCGCUCCAAGGUGCCCUACAUUGUCCGGCAGUGCCUGGAGGAGAUAGAGAGGAGGGGGAUGGAGGAGGUGGGCAUCUACAGAGUGUCAGGGGUGGCAACAGACAUUCAGGCCUUGAAGACUGCCUUUGAUACCAACCAUAAAGAUGUGUCAGUGAUGAUGAGUGAGAUGGACGUGAAUGCCAUCGCUGGGACCUUGAAGCUGUACUUCAGAGAGCUGCCAGAACCGCUCUUCACUGAUGACCUGUACCCUAAUUUUGCAGGCGGCAUCACUCUGUCUGAUAGUGUUGCAAAAGAGAGCUGUAUGCUGAACUUACUGCUGUCGCUGCCUGAACCCAACCUGGUCACAUUCCUUUUCCUUUUGGAUCACCUGAAGAGGGUGGCCGAGAAGGAAAGUAUCAACAAGAUGUCUCUCCACAACCUGGCAACGGUGUUUGGGCCGACACUACUGAGGCCUUCUGAGAAGGACAGCAAGAUCCCCACGAACCCCACCCAGCCCAUCAGUAUGGGAGACAGCUGGUCCCUGGAGGUCAUGGCACAGGUCCAGGUGUUGUUGUAUUACCUCCAGCUGGAGACGAUCCCCACCCCGGACAGUAAACGACAGAGCAUCCUCUUCUCCACUGAAGUAUAAAGCAAGCACUGACUGCAGAUCUGAGGCUUUGGCCAGGAAAUAGGGGAAAGAAGACAAACCCGUGGCUCAAAGUGAGCCUGUAUUAGUAUGUUUUUGAAUUGACUUGUCAGAUUCAGUUUGGCUCCUGCAGCUGGAAAAGAUUGUCUCUCGCGAUGCCUGCUCCCCUUAAACACCAGAGGGUGCCAUUGGGCCUCUAAAACUCAGAGAGAGUGAGGAUAUCUCUCAUACCCUGAUACUUUGUGUACCUCUGAAAGGAUUUGGAUACAUAUGCCAUCUACAUUUCUCCUCUUUGUUGGUAUUGGAACUUCUAAAUCAAGAAAUUGUCAAAUUCAGUUUGUAAAAAUCAAACUUUUGCGAUUCUUGAAUCAGUAUGCCAACACAUCAAAAUCCCAUGUACCUUUUUUCUGAUAUCGUUCACCAUCUCUCUUCAUUUAGGACAAUCAUCAUAUUUGUUAUUCCAUCUCAAACUUCACAUCCUGCUGAGGAAAAAUUCAAACUGCUUUUCAUCAUCUCAGUGUUGUUCCUGAGAAGACAAAGGAGACAUUAAUGGGAGUUAAAGGUGAACAUCCAGAGCUGCCACGACACUGGCAUUUUACUUUGUGUCAAGAAGCCAACACCUGUAAGUUUAAGUGUUUACAACGUAAACAAACCUGGUCAGAGUCAGAGACUACAUUUAAAGAAAGACUGUGAGACAAAAAGGAACCUGACCAUGAAAGCAAAACUCCCCUGUUUGUGUUGUUUGUGUCUCAAGUUAGUCUUCAGCUUAAAUAUCCAGGAAGCAAUAUAUUUUCUAACAUAGGAGUUGUGUGUGUUCAUAUCUUUGCUGACGAAAUGUCCUUCGUAUUGUAACAGAGGACAUCUUGCCAAAAUUAUGUCAUUUGUUUGUUUCUAGGAGCAAAGGAAGCCGUUGUAUUUACAUAUACAGUUUGUAAAUAAUCUUAAAGUUGUAUUUUUUUCUUUGAGUUUAACAGUAUAAUCAUUGAUGCUAUUAUUGUAAUUUAUUUCGGGGGCCUUGGGGGGAGAAAUCUGUUUGUUUUUCUAUGUGUUUGAUUAAGAAAGUGGUAGGUCUUAGCCUUGACUUCAAGUCUUGCAGUAAAUAAGCAGGAUUUAGCCUUGUUCUUACACAAACUACUCAGCUGUACUGUCCAGCCUAUCAAUCAUACAUUUAGUCAUUAUUACUAUGAACACACGUUGUAGUUACAGACUCUAUGCUGCUGUGGAAAAAAGGCACAAGCUCUUUAAACUGCUGGGUGUUCCUCAGCAGUACGUCUCACAUCCGGAGACCAUCGCCUGUCUAGUGUAGACAUUAUGCAAUGUCAUAAUAGAGCAUACACACACACACACACACACACAUACAUACAAACACAAACACACACACAUACGUAUGACAUAGUCUCUUUUUAUACCAUUUAAUCUGUGGCUGCAGAAUCAUGCAACGUUAGAACUACUGUAUUACAAUUCAAGUGACCUGAGCACUCAGCGUUAAUGUCAAAGAGCAUAUCUGUUGGACUUAAUGAAGGAAUAUUGUUUUGUCUCAUCCUCUUCUGAUUUGAUUUCUUAUUUAACUAAUCCCUGUAGAAGUGUCCUAAUAAUGCUGUGUCCUUUAAAUUGUUCUUUGUCCUGUCUAACCUGAAGGUGUCCAUCUCAGUGGCUAAUUUAAAGAAAGCUCUUAAGGCAUUUUGCAUUUUGUGGAUAUUUAAAAGACAUGUUUCUUGUUUUGAUUUUUGUGUCCUUGAUUUAACAUGCAGGCAUGUUUGAUUCUUUAUCUUUCUUAUUGGUUUUUGUUUUUUUAUAUAAUUACUGUUUUUAUUCACAAAUGUGUCAUCAUAGACUUUGGGAUAUUGGUAACAUGAGAGAAUCUGGCAUUGCAUUUUCUGAACAAUUUGAAGGAUAGGUGCACAGUAUGCCAAGUCUGUCCAAACAAAACAAUAAGGUGCUGACAUAAACAAUGACACAUUCUUUUGACGACAUUGCACAGAAACUUGAUUGCUGAUUUGUUCAGUAUGAACAGUCACACGGCAAGGAAAACCUGUUUAAAGCGCCUGUGAAGAGUUUUUGGCUGGACUUGAAAGACUAAAAUGAACACUGAUGCCUCUUUAUGACCCACAAAAUCAAACACGACCAUCAGAAGGAAGAUAAACUCUAUUUAAAAUUGUGGUUUUUAAUAUCUGAACUGUAUGCUGCAGGGUGUCAGACAUUCAAUCUGUCCGUUAAAAGAAAGCAGAAUGAGAGUUUUGCUAAAACAAACCUCUCAUGAUUUGCAGGACAAGAUCAGUAAAGAUAUUAGAGGUUCCACUUUCCACAGGGAGCGCCAAAAUCAACACACACCCACAUUUCCUCAUGAGCUUUGAGUGAUUGAGUGGGCAGCUUGUCUACAGUUUAAAGAGAAACAUUAAGAGUGCACAUUUCCUUUUAAACUUUAAUAUCAUGGCUGGUGACUCUUAUAUCUCUUAAUCAUAAAACUAAUACCAAUGAGCAGUUUAGCGGAUGUAAUAAGGGCUUGUCUGUGGUUACAUCAAUGUUAAAAAAUAUAUCUACAAGGGGCUUAUACACCGAAGUCAAAUAAAAGAAAUGGCAUUAGAUUUAAAGGGCAAGCUGAGGCUUUGUUUGGAUACAUAUCAACUCUUUAAAUGAUCUUUCACACUCAUUUAGAGUAUGACGAUAAAGAAUAAGUAUCAUUAUUGUAUCAACCCCAGAAAUAUCAAUGUCAAGCUUCUAUUCUUUUAUUCUGAGUGUUCAAGCCUGCAGUCCCAGCACUGUUGUGUGUGCUUUUUUACCACCACUGUGUACUUCUACUGAUUUUGGCCAAUGGUAGCAUGCAAAUGUCUUGUUUUUUGUCAUCACACAAACAGAGAAUUAUUUCAUUCAUCUGUCAUAUUUACAAAUCCUGAUUGCCUACACUUCUGUACCCUAUCGUGCCUCGACACUUUUUUUUGAUUUGCGCCUGUGGUACUCUUAAAUUUGUUCGGCCUCCUGUUGCCUUUUCUGGGGACAUUCACACACUUUUCAUCUCCACAAGUCUAAGACAGGACCUUUAACUUAAGCAUGGUCUUAGCUCACACUGUACUCUGCUUACCACCUUCAUCUAACUGUGAUGCUGUGUUUCAAAUUGUGUUAAAGUCAGUCUUAAAUAGGACUUAAUUUCUUACUCCUUAUUUUAGCUCUUAAAGUUACACCUCCUUUAAUGCCUUUUAUUCUUACGUAUUGAAACUUCUCCCUGUUUGGUGUUGGAUGGCCCACAGUGUCUAUAACAUGACAAUGUCAUCUAAAGCUAAAUUGACAUCAGAAAAUGAUCACUUUUUGUUCAUCCUGUCAAAGUUACAAAGACUUGUCUGUAUUCCCACACAACCAUUGUGUACAAUUGCAGAUAUCUUUCAGCACCCCACUACUAUAACUACAUCUCCGUGCUUGUGUCACAAACAGACUGGCCACUGUGAUUGUUCAGCUAUCAAUAGAAGGUGCAGGAACUUGUCCGUUUUUCAACUUUAACAGAACUCAAACUUCUCUUUCAUUUCUGUGGAGUUGUAUAAUAUGUAUUAUACUAGAGAGUACAUUAUUUGGUUCCUGUUUUAUUUAUUGUGGCGUGAAGGAUUGAGCCUGAGCGCCUCUAGUCUCUUUGAAAAGCCGAGCUGUCAGUAUGUGGUAGAGGAGAAAGAGUCUUAUAUUUGCUCUAAAAUCUGUUUUGGUCUGUUGAUUGUCAGUGUAACUGCAUGUAUCCUCCAUAUCACACUUACACACAUAACACCAGUCCCCUCUGUACUGUACAUGAGAAGUAAAUACAACGAAAGGUUUAAUUUUACGUGGAAAGAUAUGGAACAUAUUGCUCUAUGUGACGGUUUCCAGUCUCAUCGAUUUGUGUACAGGACGCCGGUAAUGCUCACCACAUUUCCAUACUACAGUUAAUGCUUCUAAAGGGACCCUCUGCUGCCUCCUCUGUGGCAUCGAGCUGACAUGACAUAGACGACUUUAACCUUUGGAAAUAUGCUAGUUUGGUUUUCCAUGUAACGUCAAGCUGAGGAUGAGACUUGAUGACCAACCACGGACACUUUCUCUUUAUACCUCCCUCAAGUUUUGGACUCUUGUUCCUGUUCAAUACUCAAUGUUCUGCCUGUAGAACUGUACAAAGGAAUACUGAAUACUGAGGGCAAACAUGUUUAGAAGGCAUUUGCAGCCUAUGUUUGUACACAAAAAUGUUAAAUAAAACCUCCUUGUAUCUACAUA